GACGUAUUGACAUAGCUCCUGGAUUUAAAAAAUGGUGCGGUAUUUUUCUAUCAAGCUGGCUAUCUGUCAGAAGUGAUGUGAUCUUCGGACUGUUUUGAAUGCUGCUCUGGGCGAUAGAAGGAGACAUCGGAGAUUUUCGAAAUUCCAUUAAUUGGAUUUGUGCUCUUGCUGACCAAAACAGCCUGCUUGGUUGAUGACCUUUCUACUUCAACAUAGAAUCCACCAAAAUGAGCUGGGACAAUCAACUGAGUUCUAUACUUUCUGCAGCAGAUGGCAGUGUUGCAAAAAUGCGGGAGCGUCUUGGCACGCAUGGAAAGUACUCUAAAGGAAGGGAAGACCUGUACCCAGUGAGGGAGCUGUCGCGUGGGCCAGAUUUGGAUCCAUCUCCCCUUCCCCUUCCUCCGCUGUCCCAGCCCUCCGCUGCUCUCAGCCCUGCCGUUCAGUGGAACGACCUGGCAGGUCUCCAGGCUCAGCUACAGAGCCAAAGUCAGUUCAUUCUUCUACAUCUAAUUCAUCUGCAAACAAUGAGUAUCGUUCUUCAACUAUGCAAAUAUUCUGUUUUGAACAUGGCAUUUGUCCACCGGUGCAACUGUCCUGGGUAGUAUUAUGCAUGUCAUACGUCAUAUGUCAUAUUAUUAUGCAUGUCAUACAAGUGUUUACUUAAUGAAUCUAGAAGUUAUAAGUGUUAAGGUCCCUAUGUAGAGUUAUUAUGACACAUUACAUUUUGUCCGCAAAACUGGUGUCCUUCUGGAGCAACGCCAUUAUGUGGAUAUAAAACAGACAUUAAUGUGACCACCCCAUUACUGAGAGGGGUCCUUCCAGAAUCAGAAAGGACAGAAGACAUCACUGGAGCAGAUGGACUGCACACAAGGACAGUGAAGAGUGAGACAGGAAAUAAGUGGGAGAGAGAGAUUGGGUGGGACCAGGAUAUGACCACAGGUCGGAUUUGAACAUGGGUCCCCGUGGGCACUUGGACCCGUAUAUGAUGAUUGAGUCACUUUCACAAAACUUGCGAUCCAUGGAGAGAGACAGACUUGCGCAGCAGCGGCAAAUGCAGACAUUGCAAGAGGAGGUACGUCGCCUGCGUGAAAAGACAGAUGAGCGGGAGAGGGAGAGGGGGGCGGAGAGGAGGGGAGCGAGCCCGGGUGUGGAGAGGAGGAUGGAGGAGUGGAAGAGGGAGGUAACCCGUGAGCUGAGCAGCCUGCGGGGUCACGUCAAUAGAACCACAUCGCUAGGCAACCUGGAGGAGAGUUUCAGCUCCAAACUACGCAGGGAAGAGGUGGACCAGCUAAGGAGAGAGGUUGACCAGCUCAAGACCAAACUGAUGAGACAGGAGGAGGAUGUGUUCCAGCAACAGUCUGAGGCUAGAGAAACACGGAGACAGUAUGAACGCAGCUGCAAGACACUGGAGAGUCUUACAGACAGUUACCGCACACAUAGCUUUGACCUGGCCAGGACCAUCUCCCAGUACCAGAACACCCAACAGGAAGUCCGGGACAUCAGGGUGACUGUAUCGGAGCUGAAGGAUGAGGUGAGAGGACUGAUUCUACGGGACAGGCUACCCACACCUGCAGCAGCACCUCAGAGGCCAGCGCUUGCCUCAGCGGUAGCCAUGGAAACCAUCCCCCGGAAGCAGCCUACGGGAGCGGCGGCAGUGGCAGCAGCGUCUGCGUUGGUGGCAGGCCUGGACUCUGACAGCGACUUCAGUCCCACCCCCAGUCUGGGGGAUGUGAGCUCGGACGACCUGGACUUCUCUUGGCCCUCCAAGCGUGAGCCAGUUCAACGAAGAAUUAAGCGUCGGGGAAAUCCGACCAUUCGGUCACCUGGAAGUGACCUCAGUGACGAAGAAAGUGGACUAGAUGAUGAUGACUAUGGUGGUGUGCUUGGACAACUGUCAGACAGUCCACCUGAACUUAGUCUCAGCGACCUCUGACCUCAAAGCAAGAAGGGACUUUUUAAUGGAGCAAUGUGGACAACAACACCUCGUGUCCUAUUAAGAGAGUAUUUCCAGAGGUGAAAUCUAGACGAAGUUGUAUUUCUAGAGCUCUCUGUAUUUAAGUACAUACAGUAUUUAAGUACACGGUUAAAUUAAACUGUCAUAGGAUGCAUUUUGUGAAUGCUCCACACUGAUAUCUGGAGGUGCUACAAAAAAAAACCACAAGGCUUUCUUUUUCUUAUACUGUAGCCUUAACAGCUGCACCACCUUCAAGUGGUGAAUGUAUGUUAAUAACUUAACACUACACAUUUUAACCUAAUUAACCAUCUUGAUUUUAGAACCGAGUAUCUGUGGAUAUUCGUAUCAAGAUUUUGUUGUAAAUGGUGGGAGGCCAACUUGCCAUCGCGUUUCUGCUGUCACAAGACUUAAUUGUGUGGUGCCAUUAUCUUUGUGGGAUAAGAGGUGGACACAAAUGACUGAGCUAUUUGGAGAUGUCCUUGCGUUCAGCUUUAACCUGCAGUGCACUUCUCUGCCCAUUUAAACAACUUUUCCUAUUCACAGCUAAAGGGAAGUGUUUAGCAGAGUGAAAGAGUGCAUGAAAAAGGAUUAUUGGUUUCAAAAUGACUGGCUGCAGGUUGGCCCAUUUGCAUGCUGACCCAGUGUUGAACACAAAGUCAAAUCAUCAUCCUCGGGCAGCCUGUAAAAAGUGUAUGUAUGUGUGUGUGUACGUGUACGUGUACACUUGUAAGGGGGUGGCAAGCGCCCCAAAAUGGAGCCAUGCCAUCCUGACAAAGACCUCAUUAACCCCCGCCCCCACCACCACCACCCUAAAUCCCUUGUCCUUCCACACCCUGUCCUGUAAACGCAUUAAGUUCAGGGCUCCGUGUUGGCUUACAUCAGUGACAUUCCCAAAAGCUGUUUAAUAUUUCAGGAGCAGUCCGGCUCCUCUCCCUCUCUCUGCAUCCUGCCUAAUUAAUGCAGCAGGGACCAGGGCCGUGUCCUGUAGCCAGACACCCCCCGUGGAGGGACGAGCCGGAGUGGACCCCAUCUCCACUGCUUCUCCCCCAGCAGGAGACCGAGCGGGAGGGGUGGACCCCGCCACACAGAUGUGCUCGCUCAGCACAAAGACACUACUUCAGCUUCAUGUUUCACAAUAACUCAUGCUGCUAGGCUGAGGAGUAUUGUUUUUUGAUACUAAAUUAACUAACACCAGAUGGAUGACUGCUGAUUUCUGUUAUGUGCUUGAGGAAGACUGUGUUACAUGACAGUGUUGUUGAUGGAAGUAUGUAAUAUUGUAAUUGUUUAAUUAUUGGAGGUUAUGUUUUCUAUAGAAGAGCAGUGGUAUUGCUUUAAGCCAGACUAACAUUAACUUCAGUGGCUGAUACCAAGCGAUUCACAAUGUAAUUGUUUUUUGUUGUCUUUUUAAUAAAAAAAAAAAAAGUCACAUAACAAAGACAAUCCUGUAUUCUACAGCAAAAACUUAAAAUACAGAACACAAUUUGGCACUUUUUUUUUUUCUGGAGCUGCAAUAUACAAA